AUGAUCGAUGUCGUUGGUCUCAAGCCGCUUCCUAAGGAGCCAUCAGAUUCUGGGAAAAAGAAGAAAAGCAUGUCGAAUCCUUUCGUCAAGAAGAAUCGCGAGAAGAAGGAAACUCCGGAAAAGCCGGUUAUCUCUGAACCAAGUAAUUUCGAGCACACUGUCCACGUUGGAUAUGACCCUGCUACGGGCGAAUUUACGGUGAGUUCAGGAAUUUGGCUUGAUGCGCGUGUUUGCAACUAA